AUGAGAGUUACAGGAUUAUUGGUCCUGCUGAUCGGACUAUGGGAGCAAUCGCACUCUCAGAGCGGCGCACCAAUGUUCCAGGAAGUUACACAGACAAUGCUUCCACCUGACAGCCUGCACAAUCCAACACAGCUCAACUAUGGAAUGGCAGUAACAGACGUAGAUGGUGAUGGUGAUCUCGAAGUGGUCGUGGCCGGAUACAACGGGCCUAACCUGGUGCUGAAAUAUGAUCGCACUCAGAAUAAGAUGGUAAACAUUGCUGUCGAUGAUAGCGCCUCACCCUACUACGCCCUGAGGGAUGUAGGAGGGAAUGCUAUAGGAGUCACAGCCUGUGAUGUAGAUGGAGAUGGACGGGAGGAAAUCUACUUCCUCAACACAAAUAAUGCCUAUUCUGGACAGGCCUCUUACUCUGACAAGCUCUUCAAAUUUCGUAAUGGUCGCUUUGAGGAUCUGCUCAGCGAUGAAAUCAAUGUGCGCCGUGGCGUCGCUAACCGUUUGGCGGGACGUUCUGUGGCCUGCGUUGACAGAAAGGGAACAGGCCUCUACGCAGUCUAUGUGGCAAACUACGCCAGUGGCAACAUUGGGCCCCACGCGCUCUUAGAGAUGGACACGGCUGCCAGUGAUGUGGCAAGAGGCAUUAUCGCUCUGUCUGAUGUUGCUGCCGAAGCCGGAGUCAACAAGUUCACAGGCGGACGUGGCGUUGUGGUCGGGCCUAUCCUCAGUGAUACAAGUUCUGAUGUUUUUUGUGACAAUGAAAAUGGACCCAACUUCCUUUUCAAAAACAACCAAAAUGGAACUUUCGUUGAUGUUGCCAAAAAGUCAGGUGUGGAAGACCGAACCCAACAUGGUAGAGGAGUAGCACUUGCUGAUUUCAACGGUGAUGGAAAGACUGACAUUGUGUACGGCAAUUGGAAUGGCCCCCACCGGCUUUACCUGCAGGGCAGCAACUCUAUUUUCAGGAAUAUCGCAACUGCAGGAUUUGCAUCCCCUUCCCCAAUUCGCACGGUGAUAGCAGCUGACUUUGACAAUGACAAGAAACUUGAGGUGUUUUUCAACAAUAUUGCUUACAGAGGAAAUUCACCUAACAGACUCUUCAGUGUGUCAAGAAGAGCCAAUGCUGACCCUUUAAUCCAGGAGCUUAAUGUUGGAGAUGCUGCAGAGCCUCAAGGCAGAGGAACAGGUGGCACUAUCACAGAUGUGGAUGGAGACGGGCAGUUGGAUCUUCUGCUGGCACAUGGAGAAAGUGCGGCGCAACCAAUCUCUGUCUUCAAAGUCACACAGGGCUCAACAAAUAAUUGGCUCAGAGUCAUCCCUCGCACCCAAUUUGGCUCGUAUGCGCGAGGUGCUAAGGUAACAGUUUUCACCAAGAACAGUGGAGCUCAUAUGCGCAUCAUUGACGGAGGAUCUGGGUACCUGUGUGAAAUGGAACCUGUAGCCCACUUUGGUUUAGGAAACGAUGAUGUGUCUGUGCUGGAGGUUUCUUGGCCCGAUGGUCGCGUCGUCACACGUGUUGUUCAGCCUAGUGAAAUGAAAUCAGUGGUGGAAAUAGUGUAUCCCGGGAACACAGAAAUGUCCACGCUUGACAAUAACACAGAGUGUGGUAAAGGAUUUACUGUGACAAACGGCCGUUGCACAGGCAUCUGA